GCUACCCACUCUCGUGUUUCGCAAGCAUUUGUAUGAUCCAUGGCGCGUCUACGUCCCCCAGUUUUUAUCUGCAACCAUUAUACGCUUACUAUUGAUCAUCCCCGAAUAAGCAAAUUCGCGAGCUGCAGCUGAUGGGGCCGGGUUUGCUGUCGCUUCUCCUGUCAACGCAUGUCAAAUUGUGGCAGCCUGAACCUCUUCAGCGUAUUAAUCCCUUUCCUGUCAAAUAAUCUCCCUCAGACUUUUCAUCCAAGAAGUCCCUUUCCUAAUCCGAACCUCUUCAACCAACCAAGUCCUUGAACACAUCUAAGCUAUCUGAGUGUGCUCAUGUCCCAUUCAGCGUCCCAGUGGGGUUCUCCUGCCGCUUCCAGGCGGGCUCUUCUCAUUCAUGGCAUGACUAUGUGCUCGAAUUCGUGGGAGGGUAUCGCUCAACUGCUGGUAGCAGAAGGUUUCUUCGUUAUAGCACCGAACCUCCUUGGGCAUGGAGGGAGACGGUGCACCGAUUAUCGGAUAUCUGACUUUGCAGAAGACCUCCGACCAUAUUUCGCCAUGGACACGUCCUACGACGUGAUCAUUAGUCAUUCUUUUGGAUGCCAAGUGAACUUGUCGCUCUUGCCGUUCUUGCCCAAAACGAAAGAAACCACAGUCAUACUCGUUGAUCCUCCCCUCGAGCUUACAGAAGUGCAGGUCAAAAUGAAUCAGAAUCUGUUUUUAGAGUUGACGACGAACGUCAAAACUGCGGAAGAGUACAUGGCUGAGAACCCUGCUUGGUCACGACGUGACUGUGUGUUAACAGCGUUGGGAAUAGCGAUGGUUGAUCCCAACACUGUCGAGGUUUUUCGGCGAAACACAUCAUGGUCUUCCAUUGCACUCAAAAACGUACCACCUCACGUCAAGAUCACCAUUCUGGUAUCAGAUCCGAAGCUCAGCGCGAAUUGUCUCUUGGAGCACAUCCCCCGUGACAUCGAGAGAUUGAAUGUUAAACUCCUUCCUGGCAUCGGUCACUGGAUUCAAUACGAGUGUCUGGAUGCCAUUAUGGAUACAAUUCCCCUACCAAGAACAAAAUUGUAAGCUGUGUAGAGAAGGGAUGGUGUUCUGCAGUGUUAUUUUUGUUUAUGACGAUCGCAUUCGAUCAUGUAUUUAUUUCUCAAAACCCCUUGUUGUUCCUGAUACCCUGAGGCAUGUCCCCAUCUAACUUUCUUUAACUAGUAUGCAUAGUAGGCCUUGGUUCGACCCACUGCGCGCGAGCAACUGAUCUGAAUGCCGACUCAAGAG